CUAAAAUAAAACGAAAUAAAUCUGUAGAACUUAAAGGGCCCAAACUUUUUUUUUCUUUUCCAAGUUCCCCUUUUAGACCGGGAACAGCCGAUUCGACACAGCAUUGGUCACGGGAAGCUGUUCCCGCCACGACAUGAAAGUCUUUGUUCAUUGCCGCUGGAGGAAGAUACUGGACUGACCCAGGAAACCGAAGGUGUUGAAUGACCUGGAGUCACGGAUAAGGGCUAUUACUUUUCUUUUGCCAAUCACACACAUUUGAUUAUGGUGUGACUAGAGUUACUAGCAAGCUGAAGUAGCCAUUAAGUGUUUGGAACACCUGCUGAGUCAGUUGCCUAGGGACUGUGGUUGGAUUUAUGAUUUGGACUGUUGUCCAGCUGAAAAAGAAUUGACAGGAGCUUUAUAAGGAUUUUACAAAGCUCCUUCUAAAAUUAGUCUGUUAAACCUAUGAUUUCCAUUAGGACUUGGUAUUCAAAGUAUUACUGAUUCUUACUUUUAUGAAUCAAGUCCUGGAAAAAGCCAAGAGACCUGAAUGAAGUAUACACAAUGGAAAACUCAGAUGCUACCCCUGUUAAUUUUACUGUGCUAUAAAUGGAACAGCAAGUGUUCUUAGGUAAGAGGUUUGUGGUUUCCCAAUAUAUUCAUUACCAGAGCUUUAGAGUCCCAUCAAGUUAGUAAGUUUUUUGUUACUUUUUUUUCCUCAGCAAAAUAAUUCCCUUUAAUAAUUUUGUAACAAGAAACAGAUUGUCAACUUGCUUAAGAUUAGUGCUUUUUUAAUGAUCAGUAUCAUUUUGCCAUGUUAGAAGAUGCUUUUUUGGAAGAAGACAUCUGGGAAUACAAAUCCAAAAGAAAACCAAAACGAGUACAUCCAAAUAAUUGCUCUGAGAAUAUUCCAGAUUCUGUUGAAAAAGCAACAGAUGGACAACACCAGUCAAAACGAAACAGAAAUAAAAAAAGGACUGUAGAAACUAAAAAGAAGGUCAAGACACCGGAAACAUGCCUUAGAGAAACAGACAGUCAGACAUCUGUAGCUUCCAGUCAGAGCUCCAUUUGUGGAGAUGGUAUUCAACAGUGCCAAGACACGGAGGCCACUCCAGAAAAGCGCUGUAGGACUCAAAAAAACAAACAUAUGUCUCCAAAGACACGACCGGUUUAUGAUGGGUACUGUCCCAACUGCCAGAUGCCUUUUUCCUCCUUGCUAGGUCAAACACCUCGAUGGCAUGUUUUUGAGUGUUUGGAUUCCACACCAGUCUCCGGAACAGAGUGUCCUGAUGGUCUUCAGUGUUCCUCAACAAUUCCUUCUCAUUACCAGAGAUACACUCACCUUCUGCUAGCUCAAAGCAGGGCUGGUAAUAGUCCUGUCAAGGAUCCUUCCCAUGGGUCAGGGCAGAGUUUCAGUGAAACUAAUUCAGACUUUCUAUGUAGCCUUGAGGAAAGAUGGUCUCCACAUCAGAAACAAACAGAAAACUUAAAAAAUGUUUCAACUGAUCCCUUGUUAGUGACACGGUGUCUAAAAAGCUCUCAGUCUCCAACUGAAACCAAUAAAAAGAUUUCUUCUUUGACAAAUAGCCAAACUUCCCAACAAGUCCCACAAUUUACAGGACAUGUUAACAGUGACAAACUGGUAGGAAUUGGUUUGCCUCUUGCUGAAGAAUUAGACAGCCAAAACAACCCAGAACACAGAAAUUUGCCAUUGCCAGAAAAUGACUUUAGCAACUGUGAAAUCUCCUAUUCUCCACUUCAAAGUGAUGAAGAAACUUACGAUACAAGUGAUAAGCUGGAUGAUUCACAACAGGAACUAUUUUUCAUGGAAAGCUCUAAAGAUGGCAGUCUAGAAGAAGAUGGCAACAGCUCCAGUUUGUUUAACAAACUAUAUGAGCCCUUACUGAAGGGCCAGGAGGCCUCCGAAGUGGACGGCUUCUUAACGCAGGAUAAACACAAUGAAGAAGUGUAUAAAUGCAACUCUCCUAAUGACUCGUCUCAACUUACUUUCCAAAAUAAGAGAAUUGUUUCACAGGGUCAUCCAGCAUAUACUGAUGAUGAUUUUAUGUUGCUUCCACCUGCAUUAGCAGAGAGGUUUACUUCUCCUAGUUACCAAGCCUCUAAAGCAAAACCUGAUGAGCCAGAAUUCCGCUCAUCUCAAUCAAAUAAAGAGAAACAGGUGAUUGAAGAAUCAGCUGUUUACAAUCAAAAUUCUCUUCCAUUACUUAAGAGUAAAAUGUCAAAACGUUUUGAAAACCAGGGAAGAGGGUGUCAUUCUUCCCACCCAACCCAAAGUAAAACUAGAGAAUUAUCAAAUAAGAAUUCCAGUGCUAAGAACAACGCAAACUCAACAUGUUUCUGCAGAAAGGCAUUAGAUGAUAUGCUGGACAAUAAAGUUCCAGUUUUAAAUUCAGAAACAUUUUCUAGUACACCUACUGUUGCUAAGCCUUCAAAAAUGUUGCCCUCUGGCCCUAAGUGUCAUGCAACACAGCCUUCUACUAAGGUAAUGAAGCAGAUGGAUAUAGGUGUGUAUUUUGGACUGCCGCCCAAAAGAAAAGAGAAAUUGCUGGAGGAAAGUUCAUUAGAAGGGAUGAACUUCAAUACAGCUGUAAGUCCUAAUGAAAAGAGGUCCCAGCAGCGCAAGAGGAAAGCAGAAAAAUCUUUAAGUGAUUUAGAAUUAGAGGCAAAGAAUUUAAGUGAAAGUCAGCCCUCUGUGGAGCUUUCUGAUAAGAGGUCACAACGUCAAAGAAAGAGACUUAAAAAGUCAGAUUCAUUGCAGGAAGGAGGACAUCAGAAGAAUCCAGGUCACCUUAAGAAGACAGUACCUAGAACAGGCAAUUUAAGUAAAGACAAGGCCUUCAUAAAAUCAGCUCAUGGCAGAGUGCAAAGAGAGAACACAAAAAUCUCAGAGUCAUCUAAUGCAGGAGAAUUAAGGAAAAGGACAUGCCCAUUCUAUAAGAAAAUACCUGGAACUGGCUUUACGGUCGAUGCCUUUCAGUAUGGAUGGGUUGAAGGUUGUACUGCCUAUUUUCUCACUCAUUUCCAUUCUGAUCAUUAUGCUGGAUUGUCUAAAAACUUCACGUUUCCCAUUUAUUGUAGUAAGAUAACUGGCAAUUUGUUGAAGAGCAAACUUCAUGUACAAGAACAAUAUAUCCAUCCAUUGCCAAUAGACACUGAAUGUAUAGUGAAUGGUAUCAAGGUUAUUUUGCUAGAUGCCAAUCACUGUCCGGGUGCUGUCAUGAUCCUUUUUUGUCUUCCUGACGGUCAUGUCAUACUACACACGGGAGACUUCAGAGCAGACCCCAGCAUGGAACGUUCUCUACUCGGAUGCCACAAAGUCCACACGCUUUACUUAGAUACAACAUAUUGCAGCCCGGAAUACUCUUUUCCAUCUCAGCAAGAGGUUAUCCAGUUUGCCAUCAACGCUGCCUUUGAGACUGUAACUCUAAACCCACGGGCUCUUGUUGUCUGUGGCACUUACUCUAUUGGAAAAGAGAAAAUCUUCCUAGCCAUUGCCGAUGUUCUGGGUUCAAAAGUAGGCGUGUCCAAAGAAAAAUAUAACACAUUACAGUGCUUCAAUAUACCAGAAGUUAGUUCCUUCAUCACUACAGACAUGUGCAAUUCACUGGUUCACCUUCUCCCAAUGAUGCAAAUUAAUUUUAAGGGUUUACAGAAUCACUUGAAGAAAUGCGGUGGGAAAUACAAUCAGAUUUUGGCUUUUCGACCGACAGGUUGGACGCAUUCUAACAAGUUAACUCGUCUAGCAGAUAUUAUUCCCCAGACCAAAGGAAACAUUUCAAUAUAUGGGAUUCCUUACAGUGAACACAGCAGCUACCUAGAGAUGAAACGUUUUGUUCAGUGGCUGAAGCCACAGAAAAUCAUACCUACCGUGAAUGUGGGCACCUUGAAAUCUAGACGCACAAUGGAGAAAUAUUUUCAAGAGUGGAAACUGGAAGCUGGGUAUUGACAUUACCCCAAAGGGCUCAGAAACAGUUAAAUAACUUAGACCUCGCUUGUUAGUAGUUAAAUCUUCAGUGAUAAUGAAGUAUACUUUAUGUGAAAAACCUCUUGAAGGUCACUCAUUCUGCUUAAGUUCUCAUUUACGUUUGAGUAGUAUGUUCAUAGUGCUGACUACGGAGAGCUCUUAGCAUCAUCCAUGAUAAUUGAGACUGGUCAGCCUAGUACCUUUGUUUUUUGCCCCUUCUUGCGGGGGCUAUUGUAUUCUGCAUCCAGCAGUAGGAGGGGAAACAAAGACAGAUUCAGGAACCAAAGAAUUCAUGAUAAUGAACUCUAUUGAAAGCAUUAUAUAUAAGUAAUUACGUAUCUUUAAAUUUAUUUAAUAUGGGGCAUAUUUUUAUGAUAAAAAGUUUAUAUGAUAUGCAUACUUAAAUAAAUUAAUCUUUAAAUAUGC